AUGGCAUGUUGUAUCUUCACGGCAUACUUUAUGAACCGCAUGAUCAAAGCUUGCGAAGUGCUGAACCUCAACCUCAUCGAGUCUCACUACAACAAAUUUCAUGAUGGACCAUCAGAUCUCGACCAAGAGACAGCAGGCUCCGAUGUCGUUGUCUCGAGGAUCUCAAUUGACGGCAUGACAUGUGCCGCCUGUACCACCGCCAUCGAAACAGCCAUUACCGCACUUAAAGGCGUUCAACGAGUGACAGUCUCGCUACCUCUCGGACGAGCCACUAUCGUCCAUCAUAGCAACCAACCCACGCAGCACGACCUAGUGGCCACCGCGGAAAAUGCCGGCUACCGAGCAAAGUCAGGCGAACCAACAGCAGCUGAAAAUCUUCAGAUGACCCAGCAGACCCUUCAACUCGCCAAGCUCAAAGCAGCGCUGAGCAGCGCCAUGACUCUUUCCUCAAUCGUCGCGAGUCUCGACUGGCUGGGCUCGAUCUCAUGUCUGCAAUCAUACCGCCACGUCUUUCAGACUGCAACGAUGAUUCUGGGCGUAUACAUCCAACUCAUCUCCGCGUCCUUCAUCCACAAAAGUGCGUUCUCAAAGACCCUCACUGCGCCAACAAUGGACACGCUCAUCAGCCUUUCCCUCCUGCUCGGUCUCGCCUUAUCUUUCUUCAACAUCUCUCUCUUCGGCCUCGACACCGCCCAAACGUAUUUCUCCUCAGGCUCCUUCCUCGCUCUCGUCAUUAUCGGCGGUCGUUACCUCGAUCAUCUCCUCCGCAGGCAAAGCGCCGCUAAUCUCUCAGGACUAUACAGACUACAAAUCGAAAGCAGCAUGGCCAGAGUCCGCGCUAGAGCCCCCUCCUUCAUUACCACCACAAGUUCAUCCUCAUCCACCACCUCAUACAGUCUAUCACAUCCCACACCAACAACUCUCAUCCCUUGCGCCCUGCUCCGUCCCUCUGACGAAAUCAUAAUCCCGCCCUCCACGAUCAUCCCUACCGACAGCUACAUCAUCUCCGGGCACAGCAUCAUCGACACCUCAACCAUGACCGGCGAGUCCCUCCCACGGAAAGUCGGACCAGGUGAUUUCCUCAUGUCUGGCACGAGGAACCUAAGCUAUGAGCUCGUGGCUGUAGUGGCGACCGAGCAAAGUCAGAGUGCGUUGGAGAUGCUAGUUGAGAGCAUUGCGGGGGCUACGGAGUCUUUGUCGCCAUCGAUCGAUAGCGACGCUACUACCGGCAGUCAGGAAGAUUAUCUGCUACAGAAUUUCGUCCCAUCGAUCCUUGCACUCACACUGCUCUCCUUCAUGGCCACGCUUUUCUUCUCACCGGCCCACCUCACUCUUCCCCUCAAGAUCAACAUCGCAGCAUCCAGAGCUAUUACGGUCCUCGCAUCAGCGUGUCCGUGCGCGUUGGGACUUGCUGCGCCGAGUGCGGUGAUGGCGGCGGUGGAUGUGGCGUUCAUGAGGGGAAUUAUUGUGAAGGAUGGAUUGGGGACUUUGAAGAAAGUGAGGGCAUUGGGGAGGGGAGGGAGGUUAGUGUGUGAUAAGACGGGGACGUUGACGCGAGGGGAGCUGACUGUGGUGAGAGUGGAAGGCGACGUCUCCGUGGGGAGCAUCGAGGAGAACACUGGCGCCGUUGCUGGUUCAGGCGUUGGCGUUGGGUCUGGAGUAGUGGAAGCUUGGCAAGCUCUGCUCAUUGCCGCGGCGGAGAAGGAAGAAGCUCGGCGCCAUCCGGUGGCGAAAGCGGUGUGGAAUUGGGCUUUCCAGAUGAUGGAUGAAAAUACGAGAGUGCUGCUGAGUGCUGUGGACGUGAAGGAAUAUAACAGUGAGCUUGGGAAGGGUGUUUCGUGUUCAGCUCGUAUCCCCAGGUUUCGCGUGGACGAAAAUGAGGGUGUGGCAGAGACCGGAGGUGGAAACCGAGCUGCUGAGCGUGACAUGUGGCAUACCAUCCACAUCGGCACCGCCACUUUCCUCGCCGAGCAUGGCAUACCCCUUCCAAACUUCCCAUCAAGAUCUACCUCCCAUAUUGCCCAUCGAGCAACAGUGGACGAGGCAACAACAGUCCACAUUUCCCUCGAUCUCACACAUCUCACGACCUUGACCCUCCAGGACACGCUCCGUGAUAACGCCGCCAGCGUUAUCUCAACACUAAAAGCCCGCUACGGCAUGGAGAUCACAAUGUUGACAGGUGAUGUCUCCGCUGAAGCCAAGAGGGUGUCAAGGGAAUUGGGAAUUGAGGUAUUGAGCUCGAGGGCGUUGCCGGGUGAGAAGGCGGACAUGGUGAGGAAGUUGAAAGGUACGCAAGGGAAAGGCCGAGAGGUCAGUGAGGGCAAUACCACAGGCAAGCCAAGGGAUAGACCAAUGGUGGCGAUGCUAGGCGACGGUCUCAACGACGCUGCCGCUCUCGCUGCCGCUGACAUUGGCAUUUACCUCUCGCCUGACCUCGUCAACACUACUGCCAACGGCGGAUCAAUUCAGGACUCAACCUCCACCAUCACGCUGACUUCACCCAACCUCUCCCGCCUCAUCGAUCUGCUCAUCAUAGCCCAGAAAACAGUCAACGCAGCGAGAUACAUGCGGUUGUGGGCCGUGUGGUAUAAUGUUGUGACGGUCGCGUUGGCCUUGGGGCUCGGUGAGCGGUGGGGCGUGAGAAUUGAUGCGAAUGUGGCGGGCAUGAUGAUGGCGGGGAGUAGUGUUGUGGUCGUGGGCAGCGCGCUGCAGUUCUUCCUCGUCUACCCAGUCCCCUAUUCCGACAAGGUCAUUCCAGUCGGCACGCCUGUCGCCGCCCACGCUAUCAUCGAGGUCGACCUGAGCACAAGUCGAGUGUGUCGUGCCAUCGCAAGCUAUCGACCAACGUGA